AUGCAGAAGCGCGCCCUGGAGCACCCCAAGAUCACGGUGCUGUGGGACAGCGCCGUCGAGGAGGCGUACGGCAACGAGCGGAACAUGCUGGGUGGCGUCAAGGUGCGCAACGUGAAGACCGGCGAGCUCACUGACCUGCCCAUCUCUGGCCUCUUCUUUGCCAUUGGCCAUGAGCCGGCCACCAAGUUCCUGGACGGCCAGCUGAAGCUGGACGAGGCCGGCUACAUUGUCACCGCACCCGACAGCACCGCCACGAGCAUCGAGGGCGUGUUUGCUGCUGGUGAUGUGCAGGACCACGUGUGGCGGCAGGCCAUCACUGCGGCGGGCACUGGCUGCAUGGCAGCGCUUGAGGCGGAGCGGUUUCUGGAGGCCCACGGGCAUGCCGCGGUGGACGGCGGCCCAGCUGCUAUUGAGGAGGAUUCCGCAGCAGACAAGGCAGGGGCCAAGGAGCCAGCACUUGUGGCCGCCUGA